AGGAACGUUUGCACGUGAGGAAAAGAUUUGUUGAUAAAAACACAGAAUUUAAAGCUUUUUUAUAGCAUUUUUAGACAAAUUAAACUAUUAGUGACACAGAGGAAAGAUAUUUUGUGGCAUAAAGGAUAUUUAUUGACGCAGAGAUGCAGCACGACGAGGUUAUAUGGCAAGUCAUAAAUCAAGGGUUCUGUUCGUUUAAAGUAAAAACUGAAACAAAGAAAUUUUGUCGUAAUGAGUACAAUUCAACAGGCUUGUGUAAUCGGCAGUCUUGCCCACUUGCUAAUAGUAGAUAUGCUACUGUAAGAGAAAAAGAUGGUGUUUGCUACUUGUAUAUUAAAACCAUAGAAAGAGCACAUUCUCCUGCCAAAUUAUGGGAAAAAAUCAAACUUGUCAAGAACUACGAAUCUGCAUUAGCACAGAUUGAUAAACACCUUAUGUACUGGCCAAAUUUUAACAUCCAUAAAUGUAAACAAAGAUACACCAAGAUUGUCCAAUAUUUAAUACGCAUGAGAAAACUCAGACUUAAAACAAGUAAGAAACUUGUAACUGUUAAUAAAAAAGUUGAACGACGAGAGACAAGAAGAGAGGCAAAAGCAUUGGUUGCUGCACAGUUGGAUAAUGCUAUAGAAAAAGAACUACUGGACAGACUUAAACAAGGAACUUAUGGAGAUAUAUAUAAUAUUGAAAAAGAAGCAUUUGAAAAUGCACUUGAAAAGAUUGAAGUAGAAUCAGAAGAUGAAGAAGAUAAGGAGGAGGAAGAAGAAGAAGAAGAAGAGGAGGAAGAACCAGAGUUUGUCGCUGAGGAUGAAAUUGAAGAAAGUGAUUUAAGUGACAUAGAGGACUUUGAGGUUCAAAGUGAAAGUGAGGAAGAGGAAGAAGCUGAAGAGGAGAAAACAUCUCCUUUGAAAAAGAGAAGAAAGGCUAGAGUAGAAAUAGAAUAUGAAGAGGAAGUCAAUACAAAGAGGACAAAACUUAAGACGUAGUUCUUGAUUCCUCGUAAAAAUAAAAAUACCACAUGGAUGUCUAUUUUUAGACUCGUGUGUAAUAACAUGUCAUUAUGCUGUAGUUGGUUUCAUUCUGUUGGUGAAGACACAGCUAAUAUCUUAUGUCAGCAUAACUGCAGUGUAUAAGUAAUUCAUAAUAAAUGUAUAAAUGUACAUGACACAUAUUGUAUCAGCACAAGUUACAGACCCCUUUCAACCCUUACAAACACUUUUUCCAAUGGAAUGUGUGUCAUUUUGCUAUAAAUUGUCUAUUGCUAUAAUGGAAUAAAAAACGACCCACUAUUUUCCUCUAUUUAUUACCAAUUUUAUUGGUAUAUGCUAUUGUUUUCAUUCUAAGUAUUGUAUUUUAAUAUAAGGUCAACUGCUUGUGCUAGGUUGUCAACUAUAUCUUGGAUUCAAAGCUACUGUAACAGGAAAUAAUAAAAUAAGCACUUUUUCCAAUG